AUGAACAGCACUGAAAUUCGAAAUACUGCUCAAGUCGACUCUGAACAGGGCAAGAGUCCCGAGUCUAAAGUCACGGUCGAUAUUGAGAGGCAAUGCGCUGUUCCUCUUGCCAGUGGAGCUCAAUGUCCUCGCGAUUUGACUUGCACACGCCAUGGUAUGAGUGCAAAGCGCGCUGUACCAGGUAGAAGUGCUCCGUUCGACCAGCUUCUAGCCAUAUAUCAGCGCGAUGACUAG